AUGGGUAGUGGUGCAAGUGUAGAAUAAGAAUAAUAAAAUUUUAAUUUACCAGCCUAGAAUAAUAUAUUUAUUGAUGAGGGAGUUGGAAUUGAAUAAUCAUAAUUAUCAAGAAAAUGGACAAAUAAAAUGACAAUGUUUAAAAAUUUAGAAACCAAGAAUUUUAUGGAAUCCUAAUUUUAAAAUAAAUCCCCUAGAUAAACUGUAAAAUUAGAAUAAAAGCCUUCUGUUGUUUAUUCUGAUGACAGUGAUUAGAUAUCAAAAUCUUCAAGUCCAUCAGUUAAAUCAAGUAAAAUGCAUUUUUCACAUUAAAAGAAAAAGAAUUCUUUUCAUACUGACAGUGAGGAAGAAAGCGACAUUGAAGAAAAACAAUUAUAUAAUGAUAGAAGAUAAACCAAAUUCUAAAACUUCUAGAGUGAUGAUUCUUUUGAAGAAAGAGAUGAAAACACUAAAAAAAUUAAAUAACUAAUCUAAUAGGCUGAAGAUAAUGUCACAUCCAGAAAAAGUAGUGUAAAUUCCAAAGUUGAUUAAUAAUUUUUAGCUAAUUUUGAAAUAAAUGAUGUUGCUGACACUAUUAAUUUGAAAUAAUAAUCUUUCCCUCAUCAAUAUCCCCUUUCUCAAUUAUAUAUCAGAACCCAAAUAAGUGACUAGAAAUUGUUACCAGGAAAAGAUAAAUUAGUUAAACUAUCCUGUCGAUCAAAUUUAAUAGACUCAGAAUCGGAGGAUCAAGAAUCUGAAAUCCAGACUGAUUACUCCCCUGAAUAAUUAUUAAACCAAAUUGGAAUAGCAGUCAUUAGUAAAAAGGGAAAUAAAAAUGAAACAGCCCCUUUAGCCUAAGAUUAUUUAAUUUACAAUGACAAUUAUCAAAAGAUCUUGAUUUUGAGUAAUGGACAUGGAGAAUUUGGUGAAAAAAUUAGUAAUCUAACCUAUAGAAUGGUAUUUCAUUACUUAAUUAGAACACCAACCUUUUAUACGAAUCCUAUGAGAGGGUUGGAGAUUAUAUUUAAAAAGUUACAAAACAAAUUAAAAAUGUACAUUGAGAAAAAGAAACUGGAUGACACUCACAACAUUUUGCUUAGUGGUUGUGUCAUAACAGUUAUCAUCUAAAGGGAUUCCAAAUUAUAUUGCGCUUAAAUUGGAGACAACAGAGCUUACAUCUAUAAAGAAUAAGUCAAUUAGACCAAAGAAAGUAAUAUCAUGGCCUAAACAUUACCUAUCCAUACCCCUAGUGAUAGUUCUGAAAAAGCAAGGAUUUUUAAUAGCGGAGGCGAAGUUAGAAAGAUCCCUCAGGGGGAAGAAUACGUAUUUGUAAGAGGCAGGUUGUACCCGUAGUUGCAUGUGACCAGAAGUCUAGGCGACGUGAUUGCCCAUGUAAUCGGAGUAUCAUCUCAACCAUUUUUUCGCGAAUAUGAUAUAACUAUUAAGGAUACCUUCUUAAUAUUAUCAACUGCAUCAGUCUAUGCGUAUCAAGAGGAAAACGACAUUAUGAGUCAACUGAAAGGUUUUUCUCUGCAUGAAAUCAAGUCAGCUUGUGACUCAUUAUACAAGCAAUGCAAAAAUAGCUGGAUAUUAAAUGAAGGAAUGUUUGAAGAUAUGACUAUUAUAUUAUUAUGGCUUGUUUAAUAAAAAGAGCCAAAAUGA